UCUCUCUCUCUCUCUCGCGUCUCCAUCUCCCUCACUUUCUCAUUUCCCCAUAUAUGCCCAAAAUCUUAAAAAAAUUCAAAGAAAAGAAGAAGAAAAAAAUUUUAAGCCCCUUCUCUUCUUGUUCUUCCCCUCUCUUUCCAUUUUUCUUCCUCCUCUCCCUUCCCAGAAAUUUCAUAUCUCUCUUUCUGGUCUAUACGUCCCAAACCCUCCACCCAUCAGGAAUCAGUACCCGAUUCCUAUUUGAAUAGCCACCACAGAGAGAAGCUAUAUAAGUCUCUGCAACAACCUCAACCCACCAAAGAAUCCAAAUGGGCUGCGCGCCUGACAGAGAAUGAGAAGAAACACUGACCACACAAAACCCACCACACCCAAAAUCGAGUCAUGAAACCGAUUCAACCCCCACCACCCACAACCUCCACAAAUCGCUCUCGCCGGAAACCUGACCUAACCCUCCCUCUCCCCCAACGCGACCAUUCCUUUGCCGUCCCUCUCCCUCUACCACCCCCUCCCGCCGUCACCAACAACACCAACACCAACACCAGCACCAAUUCGACAAAUUCAGCUACCUCUUCCUCCUCCACCACCUACCCACCUCCAGCCCCCCUGAGUUUCAACGAGCUCGAUCGACUCAACCGCAUCGGAAGCGGGAGCGGUGGAACUGUCUACAAAGUCCGUCACAGACCCACAGGCCGUCUCUACGCCCUGAAAGUCAUCUAUGGCUACCAUGAAGAGUCUGUCCGCCGCCAGAUCUGUCGCGAGAUCGAGAUCCUUCGCACCGUUGACAACCCUUAUGUCGUCAAGUGCCAUGGAAUGUUCGAUCACUCCGGCGAAAUCGAAGUCCUACUCGAAUACAUGGACGGUGGAUCUCUUGAAGAAAAACCACCCAUCUCCCAUGAACCAACCCUCGCCUCUGUCGCUUAUCAGAUCCUCUGUGGCCUUGCUUACCUCCACCGGCGCAGGAUCGUUCAUCGAGACAUCAAACCCUCGAAUCUCCUGAUCAACAAAAGAAAUCAAGUCAAGAUCGCUGAUUUUGGGGUUGGUCGGAUUCUUGAUCAGACCAUGGAUCCAUGUAAUUCUUCGGUUGGGACGAUUGCUUACAUGAGCCCUGAAAGGAUCAACACAGAUUUAAACCAUGGCGUUUAUGAUGGAUACGCCGGGGAUAUUUGGAGCCUUGGGGUCAGCAUCUUGGAGUUCUACUUGGGUAGGUUUCCGUUUAACGUGGGUCGGCAAGGAGAUUGGGCGAGCUUGAUGUGUGCGAUAUGUAUAUCGCAUCCACCGGAGGCACCUAUCACGGCUUCGAGAGAGUUUAGAGAUUUUAUUUCUUGUUGUUUGCAGAGAGAGCCAGGGAGGAGAUGGACCGCUCCGCAAUUGCUGCUUCAUCCGUUUAUUACUCAUAACAACAAUCAUGGAAUCAACAACAACCACAACAACGGCGGCGGUAUUGGUCUUAGCAGCCAGAAUCAGGUUCAUCAGCAUCAACUUCUACCCCCACUUCAGCAUCAAUCCUCGUCUUCUUCUUCGUCCCCUUCCAAUGGCUGAUUUUUUUUAUCCAAUUUGUAGAAUUUUCUGGCAUGGGUUGAGCUGCUUUAAUUUUAGUAAAAAUGGAGGGAUGGGUCAGCUUCAUUUGCAAUUUUUAAUCAAUCAGCUGGCCCAACUCUUGGUUUUUGUUCUUCAAUCAGUGAUUAAAGAGAUUAGAUGUGGUAUCAUCAAGGUUUUUACUUGGUAGUGUUUUUGAGUAUUUUGUCAGUUCAAGUGACUGGCCGGAUUCAAACUGAAGCCCGCAAAUUAUGGGAUGGCUUGGCUUUGUAAUUUUUACGCAUCAAUCUGGUAUCUUUGGUGGAGAAACAUGAAAAGAAAAGGAAAAUUUGUUA